AUGGAGGGUGACCGCAUAAGAUAUACGAACGGUGAAACACCCAAACGAAGGAACAGCUUGGCCAGUCUAAUCUCGCUGCCACAAGAAGGCUUUUCACCUCACUACAGGCCAAAUCAAGCAUCGGGAGAGCACCUUUCUAAAAGAAAGAGGCAUCUGUCCAUCUCAAAAGAAAGUGAUCUCCAAGAAGCAGAUUAUUACGAUGAUGUAAAACUUCAGCCGUUGUCCCCACUAAAACAACAACCCAAGCUUCCUCAGACAUUUCAAGACAGUUCAGCACGGGUGCACAAGAAGCAAAUCAGCAUCAGAGAGUUUGAAAUGCCGUUGUUGGGUAAUAUUGUCUUGGAAGGGCAGUUCAUGGCGGCUAGUGGGAUGUAUGGUUGUUUCAUGACCAUGUCUGGUGGCUUCUGUUUAAAUACUAAGCUGCCAGACAACUUUAGGGCUCAGCUCAGACCGGUCUCCAUGCUCUUUCCGGAUAGUCUUCCUGUGCUUGAAGUAUGGUUGGUAUGCUGUGGCUUUACUGAAGCCAAGCCACUUGCUUUGAAGAUCAAAACCUUCCUCAAGUUAAUCAAUGAACAGGACUUCAGCCUGGACAUAUUCUUUCGCCAAGCGUGGAAAGAUGAACGUCUAGAUCACGGGCUCAACAAAACCAUGUUUCUUAGCAACUUUGUGAUGGAUCGCAUCUGGAUGCCUGACUCGUAUUUUGUGAAUGCAAAGCACGGCUCCUUUCACAAGGUCACUACCAACAACAUGAUGAUAAUGAUCAGGCCAGGAGGGCUGGUCAACUAUAACAUUACCUUAUUAAAUGGAUACAGCGAGGAUCACAUUACGUUCAAGUGGGAGAAUGAUCUCACAAAUGGAAUGUCGUUUGUUCCUAGUAGUACCAAAAUGUUGCCUCAAUACAGUUUAGUUAACCUGAGCCUCAGCAAGACUUUUAAUAAGUACGUUGUCGGAAACUGGUCCGGUAUAAAAGCGACAUUUACUUUUGAACGGAUGUCAAGUUAUUUCUUUAUCCACGUGUAUGGACCAUGCGCAUUGAUCGUCAUCAUCUCCUGGAUCUCUUUCUUAUUGCCUCGGAGUUCUCCUCCUGCGCGUAUCACACUGGGGGUUACCUCUGUCCUAACUGUCGUCACCAUUCUGAACAUGCUCAACAACUCUAUGCCAAAGGUGAACUACGUGAAAACUAUCGAUAAAUACCUCAUCGGAUGUUUUCUGUUCGUGUUUGCCACUUUAGCAGAGUAUUCCUUGGUGUUGUUUUUAGCUGCUAGGAUGAAAAGAUAUCAAGAAUCUGACGAGUAUAAGAAGGAAACUUGCAAAAAGAUAGACUUCGACAUUGGCAGUGACAAGCCAGAGACCAACGGAAAUGGCGUUGUAAACAGGAGAUAUAAACCAGAGAAGGUCUGCAGUACGCAGUUACAAAUGAUGGAGUUUACAAAAAUGGAACAGGAGCUGAUGAUUAGCGAUCCCAGUGAAGUCAAAAAUUAUCAAAACAAAUGGCUGAAUCUCAAAGAAUGGCGAAAGCGUUUAUACAAGGAAGAAUCCAUUUUGGCGGUUGACGAAUUUUCUCUGAUAUUGUUCCCACUGAGUUUUGGUAUAUUUAACGCCAUCUAUUGGAUUUCCGUUGUCAGCGAAUCGCAAUCUACGAUCAAGGCUUCGUGAGCUCGUGGCAUACGAUCAAGAUGGUGGAGCCAUUCCUCGCACCCAAAUUUCGAUCUGGUAAUGUGAAACGGCGUUGCAGAGCUAUUUAAUUAAGAGUCUAUAUUUAUAAGUUAUGGCCGUUCAAACUCCAAAAUUUAUUGGCUUUAGCAAAAAGAAACAGUUCGUUAUGUGGAUUUGAUAUAGUACGUUUUACUUUAUGGAUCGAUACCAUUAUGAAAUCAAUGUCUCAUCUCUUAAAGUUAACAGCAUGGCUUACCCCGAGGCGUGAAGGCACAGGUCAUUGUUGCAAGAAUCAACUUACUGGACAAUGAAUCUCUAACGACCAGGGAAGUUUACUCCAAACCGUUUAUUUUCGCUCGACUUAGUAAUCUUAGUAGAAAACAAAUCAGGUCACUGGAACAGAAUAUCCGCAGUGAGAAUUUCCCUACACUCCUUUUUCUUUCACGUACUGAGAGAGUUCCUUGUAUCAUCGAAAACUCCAGUAAUUGGUCUAUUGUUGACACCAGAGCUUAUAUUUGCUGAAAACGCAGAUCUAUAUGAAAAUUAACUUGUAGCCUCUCUGACUUUGAUGACAGUCAUCAAACUCUAAGAUUUGAUACUUACUACACAGUGUGUACGUAUGUUCAAGGCGGGACAUCACUAGAAAUGGCCGCGAGGAUUGUGGAGAGGUGCAGUUGGGAACAAAUGGUAGAAGAUUAUGUUUGAACAGGUGAAAACAAAAGUUUGCCUUAUAUAAAUGCAUGGAAUUGGGGAACUGUAUGCAUGCCCAGGGAUUAAACGAAAGAAAAAUCAUCCUCCCUAAUAUUAUCUCCCGUUAAAACGUUACGUUUUUAUAUA